GGGAGGGGCGGGACUACAGCUCCCAAAGUGCAGUUCGGGGAGUAAACAGGAGCAGUUAGAGUCAGCAGCCGGGAGAGUGGAGAUACAACUUUUUAGCGAUGGCGAGUGACCCUCCCCCUCCUUACCCCGGGGGCCCCACGGCCCCGCUGCUGGAGGACAAGCAUGGAUCACCCAGUAAUGAAGAUAACAGACAGCCCCCGGGGGUGUACCCUCCCAGCAUGCCGUUUGGACCCCCAGAUGCCGGACCUCCGCCGUAUGAUGCAAAUCCGGGCUACAUCCCCCCAAAUCCAGGUUACUACCCCCCACCUGGUCCUUAUGCACCCAUGGGCUACUACCCGCCUGCCGCCCACCCGUAUCCUCAGCAGUUUCCGUCUCCCGGUGGACAUGGCACUGCAGUCAUUGUGCCGCCCGGUGCCAGUACAGCCUCCGCCACCACUACAGUCACCGUCCUGCAGGGAGAAAUCUUCCAGGGGUCCCCGGUGCAGACGGUGUGCCCCCACUGCCAGCAGCCCAUCAUCACCAACAUCACCCACGAGAUCGGCCUGAUGAACUUCCUGCUGUGCUGCUUCUGCUGCUUUGUAGGCUGUGACCUCGGCUGCUGUCUUAUCCCCUGUAUGAUCAACGACCUGAAAGAUGUGACCCACACCUGCCCCAACUGCAAGGCGUACAUCUACACCUACCGGAGGAUGGGCUAGUGAAGACCCCCCCCCGGCCCCUCGUCUCCGUCCGGCUCAUCUCAUCUCGUCCUCCGUCCGCUCGUCCACUAAGAAACUGUGAAUUCUCAGACCGGCCUCAAUGAAGGACUAAUUCAGACUGGUUCUCAGAGUGUCUCCCCCUGGUGGUCGACAUUGAAUAGGACAUGUAAUGUUUAUUGGGGGGGAGGUGCAAUGUGUCAUAAUAAUUACCGGCGCCGCGAAGUCACGAAGGCUUUGCCGGGUCGAUUGUAGUUUUUACUAGGAAUCCGUUAACUCUUUAUGCCCCAUUCUGGCUACCUCAGAUAUAUAAGGCAUUCAGUUGGAUGGAUAGAGGGGGGCGCUAUCACUUACGCAUCGGCCGUUCCUCAUGUUGCUUCGGUCCGGUAAUUGUCUUGGCUGCUAUAAAGGGCUGCUAUCUCAUUUAGAGUCGACGUUUUAGGUGUCCGAGGGUCCCAGCAACGCACCGUGCCCGUCGGCGUCUGGAGUAAUACACGCCAUAGUCUAAUUUACGUUACACCGUGGUCUCCAUGGUAACAGCCUUCCACCCGUGGACUCUUUCUAGGAGCCCCGCGUUGGGACAGGUGACAUUACUCCAGCCCCCCCCCCCCCCCCCCCCCCACUGGCACGUUGCAGGGCUGUAUAACCUAGCCUUAGUUGAUGGCCUCAUUUAAAGGGAUUCUCCACUUAAAGGGGCGGUGUCGUCCAAAGCGAAUAGAGCAGGUCCAACAAUGAACGGAUCUCUGCGGCUCUGAAAAAAAAAACUUUUACGUUUCUUUUGGCAAAAAUCUGAUAAAUACUGCAGACCUAUGUAAUGUGACACCGACUGGCUGCUAGGGAGACGCUGCCUGACAACCCCAUACAAGCGUCUGGCUGAUGCACAAUGUAUCCAUAGCAACCAGCGUUGUUCCUAGAGAAGAACAGCAGCAUCAACCCUGUGCUGAUCCCAACGUUAGUAAUCAGAUUUUUCUAAAAGUGGGUGGAGAAGCCCUUUAAAAGUUGAACGCUUACCCCGGAAGGUUGUCAAUAUCCUGCAAGUAACUGGAAACACUAAUAUUUUCUGCUAAGCAUCUUGUGAGAACCCUAGAUCCCCCCCUCCCCCCCCUCCUUCUGCCGUGCAUGGCACGUUCCCUUUGAGACUGUGUACACCUGCUGCCUUGUUACUUGGAAUGUUCCAUUUCUCUGCCUCCUAUUGGGGGGGACACAUCCCGCUGUUGAGUAGUGUAGUUUAAUCAUUGUAUAUAUAUAUAUAAUAUACCGAGUCUUGUUACAUUUCUGAGCAGCCGCGUCCGGUGACUCCGCCCCCAGCGGCGGUUUGUUCUCGGCGUCUUGUGAAGCUGUCUGUGCGAACAGGCGUCAUGGAGUGACUUCUAAUCUCUCAGGUUUGCCGAUCUUUAGCCGCAUGUAACGUUUGUGCGUUUUUGCCGAAAGUUGUCGAAUUUUAUUUAUUUUUCUUUGCGUACGAGUUGUAACGGUUGCCGAAUACAUGGAAGAUAAUGAGGACGACGCUGACCUGCAGUUAAGCGGGGGGUGUUACGUUGGUAUUGGGGGCGCCCCCUUCGCGAAAAGUCCUGUUUGUGAAGGGUUUUGCGCCAGUUCUGUUGCGUAAAAAAAAAAAGUGGCAAAUUCUGUU